UGUGGAUACUGUAGUUGCAAGGUUGCGCUAGUUGCGCGGCGUUGAAGGAGCGACGAAGUUUGCUGUGUUGGUGCAGAACUGUGUGCGUGGUGAACUGUUGGGUGUCAGAGAAGGCCUCCAAGGAUUACCGAUGCCGAGAGGACGAAAGCCUAGUCCUGCAGACGACGACUCGUCCGCGACGGAGUCGCCGGCAGCGGAGUCAAGGCCUACUAGGCAGAGAGCGAGGAGGCUUACGGAGGAGCAGAUAAAAGACAUUCUCAACAGCGAUACAGACUGUUCGGAUGAUGACCCGGAUUUUUUAACCCGAGACCUCAGCCCUAAAGGCCGCCAGAGGAGGUCCCGAGAGUCAUCGGAGUCCUCCGAGGACGUGGACAAUCCUGACGAGGGCGCACCGCGGAAGAAGGCUGUCAAAGUGAAAUCAGGGCCAGUCAAGAAGAAGAUUGCAACAGGGGAAGUGCGUAAGAAUGGUCCCAAGCGUUCUUCAUCGUGGGCGCCCGCCUAUGAUGUGCCACCGCCAAUAGAGAAUCCAGCUGCCUACUCGCAGUGGGACACCGACACCAAAGUAGUAGAGCCUGUAAAGAAGGCCGACAAGACGUACUACUGCUGCGUCCGCGGUUGCGAUUCUGGUGACACGAGCGACAAGGAUGGCCUCUGGCUGUUUGCCAUGCCGGAAAAGCAGGAGAUCAAGUCGGAGUGGGUUGAGCGGUUACCAAUCGACUACGAGCGCAACCGGCCACUGAGUCCACGCGUCUGCUUCCGCCAUUUUGACAAGUCCGACUUCGUGCGGCGGCAGCAGCGACUCCUCGGUCUCCGGGAGGAUGCCAUCCCCUUGAAGAUAGAUCUCUCCGAUGACACACCGCAUGUCAAGACAGAAGCAUCUUACUGAAAUUAAAGAAAAUAAGCGCUUCAUUUAGCAGCAGGGGAGUAGCCUUUAAGACAACUGCAAUGUCUGUUAAUUGCUACAAAAGUUGAGCAGGGAGGUGUGGCUGAUUGAUCGCUCUGAACGGAUGGUUUGCAUACUCCUAAUUCAUGACAAAAAUGUAUUGUCUAACGUAAAGGCCUUAGUGCGUGUGCCGAAAAAUGUUCAUUAUGUGACAUGUACAUGGCCUCUGCAACAUUUACUUUAGUGCAUUGCUUUGGUUGUCUUGAUGGCUCAAAUGCUGGAGAGCCUCUUCUUGGAAAGGGACCGAUAUGACCAUUCAUGGACAGCACUUAUGGUUAACUUAUUGAAUGAUCAAAAGGCUGUGAUUCAAACCAGAUUAUGGGGAAAAUGCAGGGUAAGAAAGCAACUUUCUUUGUGAAAUGAGGGGGGGGGGGGGGGGUCAUACAGUGGAAAUAAAAUGAAUGGAACAUAUCUAAAGCUAACUGCAGUGAUGUUAGCAUUUGCAUUUUGUUCUGGUCAAGUCAGUUAUUACAAACUCUGUUGCCUGAAAAUUGCAUUAGGUUGUUUGUGGGGACGUGACGGUGCCAUAUUAGGGCAAUUGUUAUUAGACAGCUGUACAUCUCACGCUCGUGUCAAUGCAGGCCAGAGGCUUGUUGACUGUAAUGCACACUUGAUUCUCCGUGCGCUUGCAUGUUGUGGGGUGAAUCAGUGGAGUAUUGCUGCUUCUUUGAAUGGUUAUUGCCACGAAAAAUGAGCCAUGACAAGUAGCCACCGCUGCUCCCUGUCGUUUAAAGCUGGAAAAAUGAAAUUGUUUAUAAAGAUGUUUAUAAAAGAGUAGUUGUGACUUCGAAUUUAGUUUCAUGAUGUGAGGAAUUUUUUAAAGUGAAUGUAAACUUCAUGUGUUCACUCCCCUGGCAGUUGCUCCCAGUUUGUAACCUCCUACUGCAUCAUACCUUGCACCUAGCCACGCAUUUAAAGGGAAAA